CUAUUUUGGGCCGCUGCAGGCAAACCAAAAAACCUCAGCACACACAGCCCGUAGGUUUGUGUCGCUUCGCAUUAAUCGAGCACGUACUAUUUUGCUGGUCUCCCCGCGAGCACGGCUCGAAAUACGCCGCCGAGAAGCCGUACAAGGUCCAAGAAUCACAAACUCAUUUUUGUGGAUAGCUAGGCGGCACGCGGUCAAACACAACCAUGCCGAGACCAGGCGACGACCCCACCCCCUACUGGACCGUCGACGACACCAGUAGCGACGCGCACACGAACUACGAGCUCGCAACGUCGAUAGCUGUUGCGACGGCCCUAGAACGGCGCCGCCUCCCGCCGGAAGUCGAGCAGCAGAUCAUGACCUACGCGCGGCCGACGCUGCCGCGCGACACGGCCGACGAAUUGGAGAGAGUCUGGGCGGCCGCGCGCGACGUCGCCGAGCGGGGGCGCUUGGAUGGCCGCGGGCCGGCCGAGAAUAUUGAUAUACUGCGCUUCGCGCGGAGCGAGUUUAAUAAGCGGCGGGACGUCGUCGAGCUCGGCGGCGUGGACGUGGGGCCGCCCCUACCAUUAGAGGUCGCGCCGGCGUCGGUCGCCGCCGCGGUAUUGCUGAGAAGGGCGGGCGUCGAGGUGCGCCUGCGGGGCGCGGGCUCGCGCCGCUGCUUCUACUUCCCGCAAGUGCGGCGGCUCCACUACCUCUCGCAGGGCACGCGCCAGGAGUGGGACCGCCUCUUCCGCUCCCAGGCCUCCUGAUCUUUUUGUAAAAACCCUGUUCACAUA